AUUGUGGAAAGUGGCAAUUGCACGAAUUCCAGCUCUCGUACGGAUUGAUGGAUUAGUUGCCUCACUGCUUAUAAAAGAGACAAGUCUUCACUCACUGUUCAGCAAAGAAAUUCACUAGACAACAAUGGAUUUGGAAAUGUCAACAAUUACAAAGUCAACUACUAAACUUCAACAGCUGGAGCUGGACGAGGCUAGUGAGAAUGUCGACGCCACCAGGACAAACAAAGAGCGGGCGGUCCACCGUCUUAAAAAGUUUGGAGGCAACUCUUCUCUCAGUGCUGCAGUGUACGAGUUCAAGAGCAAGUCAAUUGUCAAGCGUCUUCUUUGGGGAUUGAUUGUUAUUUCAGCAAUUGCAGGGUUUGUUACAUCACUGCUCAGAAGCUUGAUCUCUGAUAUUGGAGGCAACACAGGACUGUUCCUGGGCUUCACUCUGCUGACGAUGGGGGAGGUACUGCUGUUGGUGCUUGGAUUGUGCACUGACUGCUGCUGCUUCUCUUGCUGUAGUACUACUGCCAAAUCAGUGCCAACGUAA